GGGCUCUAUCCAGCCGGAACAUACGACUAGGGAAAUUUCAGUCGGGAAAAAUUCCUGUAACACCGGCCCUCUAUGCACCGUUGGGGCUUGAAAAUCCCUAAAAUGAAUUGGGUUGGAGGAGUAAGACGCCGUGUUAUAUUGAAGGAGGAGGAACGUAGACGGCAGGAACAGUUUUUUGCAGCUCAUGCUUCUUCCAAGAUAAGAAACAGUGGCAGGAAGACCAAGGAUAAGGCAGAAAGGGAGAAAGUUAAUGCAAAGGCCAUGGUCCUCGGGAAGUCUAGGCCAAAUUGUCACCCCUGGAAAAAUGAACAGGUCAUUUCCCAUUGUGUUCAGCUAGGUGUUCCGCCUUCAAAUUUAAAACACCAGGAGGGGUCCGUGGACCCUAGGUCAAGAACUCCUGAUUUAGAGCAUUGCACUAUUGCGCCAAGCUUAGUCAGGGUGUCAACAGGAAGUGGGCCGCGUGAGGCCAAGGUAAAUGACAAGUGCAAAUAUUUUAAAGAACGUAUUGUGUAA